AUGGUUGAUUCUAAUGCUGAUGCCACGAUUUCGUUGGCAUUGGCUCAAAGGAAGGAGGGACCUGCUACAAUGUAUUUCUCUCAAAGGGUGUGGGUUCUCUUGUUCUAUUUAUUACACUAUUUUCAGAAUUCACUCCUAACUUUUUUGGCUUCAGGAUUAGAUUUCUGUGAGCAGUUUAUGGAUGUCAGUGAUGUGAUUAAGGAUGAAGAUCUUAUGGCACAGAAAACUUAUAGUGGAUUUGGAUCCAACAAUGGAUAUUGGGCUUUACAGUCAGGACACAACAUCCAGCAACUAGUUGCUACUAUGGUUCCAGGCCAUCGGCCUAAAAGGUUAAGUGCUAGGGAGUUAAAUCUCCUAAAACGUAAAGCCAAGGUAUCUGCAAGAGAUCAGACUAAAAGCUCGGCUGAGGAUGAUGAUCUCCAAAAAUCAGUGACCUCUAAAGUGGCAUAUCCUGAUACUUUGGAUAUUGCCAAGGAUUCAAAUGAUACUUUCGAUGAAGAUAACCUUGAUCGUGGUCAGGGUGGGAGCUGGCCAUUUCGCAGCUAUGUGGAUCAGCUUGUUCAUGAUAUAUUUGAUCCUAUUUGGGAAGUUCGUCAUGGAGCAAUGAUGGCUCUUAGAGAAAUUUUAACCCAUCAAGGUUCAUGUGCUGGAGUCUACCACCCUAAUCAGAGAUCUGAAUAUUCCUUGCUGGUUGGUUUUGAUGAGAAAACUUCUAUAGGCUCAACAAGAAGUAUAGGGGAAAUUGAUCUGAAUAUGCAAUACAGUGCCAAUGAAUUUGAACCAGAGUUAAAGAGACACAAAGCUGGUGGUGAAUUUGUUUCAUUGCAUGAUACAGUUGGGUUCACAGGCAAGCAUAUGGAAGAUAGCACUUGCACGAGCAUAGAAGGUUAUCCACUGGAGACAACUUCUACAUCUGUCACCUAUAAGGUUGAUAUUGAUCAUGUCAAGGUUGAACCAGAUCUUUUCAUUGAUGAUUUCAGCUCAAAGUUGAAAGGGGAGAAUGUGGAAUCUGAUAAAUUAUCUUUUGAGAGCUGUGCAUCCUUGUCAAAAAUGAGUUUUCCAGCAAAUCUUCCUGAAACUUCCGAAGUAGCAAAGUUGAUAAAGCUUGCUAGACAUUCGUGGGCUAAGAAUUGGGAGUUCUUGCAAGACUGUGCCAUCCGUUUCCUGUGUGUGCUUUCUUUGGACCGCUUUGGCGAUUAUGUUUCGGAUCAGGUUGUUUCUCCUGUUCGUGAAACUUGUUCUCAAGCCCUUGGUGCUGUGCUUAAGUACAUGCAACCUUCUCUAGUUGUUGACACUCUGAAAAUUUUACUCAAAAUGCAGUGCAGGCAGGAAUGGGAAGUUCGGCAUGGAAGCCUUUUAGGGAUAAAAUAUUUAGUAGCUGUUCGCCCAGAAAUGGUUGCCGGUUUGCUUGAUUAUGUUCUGCCUGCCUGUAAGGCUGGGCUUCAGGAUCCAGAUGAUGAUGUUAGAGCUGUUGCCGCUGAAGCCUUGAUACCAACUGCUGCAGCAAUUGCAUCACUUGAUGACCAAGUCCUACAUUCAAUUGUAAUGCUUCUAUGGGAUAUUUUGUUAGACUUGGAUGACCUCAGUCCAUCUACAAGCAGUGUGAUGAAUUUGUUGGCAGAGAUAUACUCUCAGCCUGAGAUGGUUCCAAAAAUGAUGGAGAAAUUGAGUAUGGUAGGGAAGCAGGAAAUUGAUCUCAAUGAAGUAUCUCUUGAAGAGCAGGGAGAAGAUAUUAACAAAAGUAAGGAAAAUCCUUAUAUGUUGUCUACUCUAACACCCCGGUUAUGGCCAUUUAUGAGACACACCAUAACUUCAGUUCGCCAUUCAGCCAUCCGCACUUUGGAGCGUCUUCUUGAAGUCAGUUUCACGAGAAGUUCUUCCAUGUCUGUAGCUGCCAGGUUUUGGCCUACUUCAAUAUUAAGUGAUGCAUUGAGGAUAGUGUACCAGAAUAUGCUUUUGGAGUCAAAUGAUGAAAUUCUUUGCUCGUCAGAGAGAGUGUGGAGGCUCCUGCUGCAGUGUCCAGAGAAGGAUUUGGAAGUGGCUGGAGGGUUGUACUUUUCUUCUUGGAUUGAGAUUGCAACCACUCCCUAUGGUUCUGCUUUGGAUACUACAAAAAUGUUUUGGCCAGUUGCCCUCCCUCGCAAAAGCCAUUUUAGAGCUGCUGCUAAAAUGAGAGCUGUAAUGCUGGAAGGGUCUGCAAAAGAAAAUGCUUUGCAAGAUAAAAGUUUUGACCUUUCUGCCAGCAUCCCUAUGAUAAUUAUAGGUGCAGAUAGUGAGAAAUCAGUGAUCCAUACACGUGUUACUACUGCAACAGCCUUGGGUGUGUUUGCAUCCAAGUUGCCUGAGACUUCUCUGCAAGUUGUUGUUGAUUCAUUAUGGAAAGACAUUUCCUCUUCCUCUGGAGUUCAACGACAGGUGGCUUCAAUGGUUAUUGUUGCUUGGUUUAAGGAGCUUAAAAGAAGGGGUGCUGUUGUAAAUCAGGGAUUCUUAGUUGGGCUUUUGGACCAUGUGAAACAAUGGCUAUUAGAUCUGUUAUCAUGUUCUGAUCCAUCUUUUCCAACUAAAGGUUCAGUUGAUUCUUACGCUGAACUUUCAAGGACUUACUCAAAAAUGCGCAAUGAAGCCAAUCACCUGUUGUUUUCAGCUCAGUCUGCUGGCAUAGACAAGGACUACAUAUCGAACAUCAAGUUCGAAUGGAAAUCACUAACUGUUGAUGAAGCAAUUAAUUUUGCUUCAAGCCUUACUCUGCCUGCUGAAUCAAGUCUUCUUGAAAAUUUAGAAAAACAUUUGUUGGAUGAUAUGGAAUCUGCAAAACGACAACUUGUGUCUACUUCAGGUUACUUGAAAUGUGUUCAGAACAACUUGCAUGUCACUGUGACGGCUUUAGUUGCUGCUGCAGUGGUCUGGAUGUCACAGUUACCAUCCAGACUCAAUCCAAUUAUUUUGCCUUUAAUGGCAGCUGUUAAGAGAGAACAGGAGGAAUUACUACAAGAAAAAGCUGCAGAAGCACUUGCUGAGCUGAUUUUUCAAUGUAUUGGUAGAAAACCGAGCCCCAAUGAUAAAUUAAUCAAAAACCUUUGCAGCUUGACAUGUUUAGAUACAUCUGAGACACCCCAAGCUGCUGUGAUAAAUUCAGUUGAGGUUAUUGAAGAUCAAUACUUAUUAUCCUUUGGUAAGGUAACUAAGGUUGACAAAUCGAAAAUUCAAAUGGCUUCUUCUGGAGAAGACAAGUCUAAAGUAGAGGGCUUCCUAAGCAGGCGCGGGUCUGAAAUGGCACUAAAGCAUUUAUGUGAAAAAUUUGGAUCGUCAUUGUUUGACAAACUCCCUAAGAUGUGGGAUUGCCUUACUGAGGUUCUGAAACCUAUAGCUCAAGAUGAUGAGCAGAUUCUUCAUAUGGCAAACCCUUGUAUGGAUAAUGAUCCACAGGCAUUGAUAAACAAUAUUCAGUUGGUUCGAUCUAUUGCACCUGUGGUAAAUGAGUCAAUAAGACCUCAGUUGCUCACUAUUCUUCCAUGUGUUCUUGCAUGUGUUCGCCACCAUCACAUGGCUGUAAGAUUAGCUGCCUCACGAUGCAUAACCUCCAUGGCCAAGGUGAUGGAAUCUAGUGUAAUGGGAGCUGUUGUCGAGAAUGUUGUCCCAAUGUUAUCAGAUUCGACAUCUGCACAUGCAAGACAGGGAGCUGGAAUGCUAGUGCAUUUGCUUGUUCAGGGUCUGGGAGUGGAGUUGGUACCCUAUGCUCCUUUGUUUGUGGUUCCACUUCUGCGGUGUAUGGCUGACAGCAAUCAUGCUGUCAGACAGACUGUGACCCAUAGCUUUGCUGCUCUUGUACCAUUACUUCCAUUAGCAAGAGGCGUCCCUUCACCUACAGGACUAAGUGAGACUUUAUUAAGGAAUACAGAAGACACACAGUUUUUAGAACAGCUUCUUGACAACUCUCAUAUUGAAGAUUACAAUAUCCCAUUUGAUCUCAAAGUAGCAUUAAGAAGGUACCAGCAAGAAGGGAUCAACUGGUUAGCUUUUCUGAAACGCUUCAAGCUUCAUGGAAUUCUAUGUGAUGACAUGGGCCUUGGUAAAACACUUCAGGCAUCAGCAAUAGUGGCAUCUGAUAUCGUGGAACAACGCGCCCACAACAGUUCCAAAGACCUUCUGUCUCUGAUUAUUUGCCCAUCCACGCUAGUUGGUCAUUGGGCAUAUGAAAUAGAAAAAUAUAUUGACAAUUCCUUAAUGGUUACCCUUCAGUAUGUUGGUUCUAACCCAGAAAGGGCAUUGCUUCGUGAUCAAUUUGAAAAGUGCAAUGUGGUCAUAACAUCUUAUGAUAUUGUUCGUAAGGAUAUUGAUUUCUUGGGAAACCUUUCUUGGAACUAUUGCAUUUUAGAUGAGGGCCAUAUUAUCAAGAAUUCAAAAUCUAAAAUAACAAGUGCUGUGAAACAGUUGAAAGCUGAGCACCGUCUUAUUUUGAGUGGCACUCCUAUUCAGAAUAACGUCUUAGAACUUUGGUCUCUUUUUGACUUCUUAAUGCCUGGAUUUCUUGGGACAGAGAGACAGUUCCAGACUACUUAUGGGAAACCAUUGUCGGCUGCAAGAGAUUCAAAAUGUUCUGCUAAGGAUGCUGAAGCUGGGGUUCUUGCCAUGGAAGCUUUGCAUAAGCAGGUCAUGCCGUUCCUCCUCCGUCGAACUAAGGAUGAAGUCUUAAGUGAUCUUCCUGAGAAGAUUAUUCAAGAUAGAUACUGUGACCUGAGUCCUGUUCAACUAAAAUUGUAUGAACAUUUUUCUUUUUCAAGUGCCAAAAAGGAAAUAACAAGCUUGGUUAAAGAAUAUGAGGCGAGCUCUGUAGGAGAAUCUACUGCUUCAAAAGCAACUUCUCAUGUCUUUCAGGCCAUGCAAUAUCUACUAAAACUAUGUAGUCACCCAUUGCUUGUUAUUGGUGAAAAGACACACGACUCCCUUGUCUCGCUUCUAUCAGAUGUUAUUCCAGGCUGCACUGAUCUUUACCGUGAGCUCCAUGAACUUCGUCAUUCUCCUAAAUUCGUCGCUCUUCAAGAGAUUCUUCAAGAAUGUGGAAUAGGUUUAGAUCAAUCAAGUUCUGAUGAUGCCUUAACUGUUGGCCAACAUCGAGUAUUAAUUUUUGCUCAACGCAAGGCUGUCUUGGAUAUCAUUGAGAAGGAUCUUUUUAGGACCCAUAUGAAGAGUGUGGCAUACUUGCGGUUAGAUGGCUCUGUUGAAUCUGAAAAGAGAUAUGAUAUUGUCAAAGCAUUUAAUUCUGACCCAACAAUUGAUGUUCUGCUGCUCACAACUCAUGUUGGUGGGCUUGGACUGAAUCUUACAUCUGCUGAUACACUUGUUUUUAUGGAGCAUGACUGGAACCCAAUGAAAGAUCUGCAGGCUAUGGAUAGAGCACACAGGUUGGGUCAGCGGAAAGUUGUCAACGUCCAUCGACUCAUUAUGCGUGGUACUUUGGAAGAGAAAGUCAUGAGUCUGCAGAAGUUCAAAGUAACUGUUGCUAAUGCUGUUAUCAAUGCUGAGAAUGCAAGCUUGAAAACCAUGAAUACAGACCAGUUGCUUGAUCUUUUUGCUUCUUCAUCAACUGUCCGAAUGGGAACCCAAGCUUCGACAAGCAUUGGUAGCAAUAUGGACAAUGAUCCAAAGUCCUUGAUCAGUGGGAAAGGCUUGAAAUCCAUUAUCAGUGGGCUUGGGGAGUUGUGGGAUCAGUCGCAAUAUGAAGAGUACAACCUAAACCAAUUCUUGGAAAAGCUCAAUAGCUGAGUCUUUAGAGUAUUGCAGUUGGAAAAGCUCAAUGACUUAGGUAUUGCAAUGUACAGGGUGAUUCAGGAGAGUCCAUCAACGCCAUUUUUGAAUGUGUUACUCGUGAUUUUUUUGUUCUUCGAACAUGCUAAUUUUUGCAGCUGCUAACAUCUAGGUGAUCCAAAUUUUUAGGAGGGCAGGGAUGGAUCACUAGAAUCACGAUGGGCAUUUCAUGUAUAAAUUUCAGUUGUAUGACAACUUAUCUUGUUAUCUAAAUGUCCAUUAAUCAUUCCACACGUUA